AUGGGUGAGCUGCCUUUAAACAUCAACAUCCAGGAGCCUCGAUGGGACCAAAGUACUUUCAUGGGCAGAGCCCGGCACUUCUUCACUGUCACUGACCCCCGGAACCUGCUGCUGUCCGGAGCACAGCUGGAAGCUUCCCGGAACAUUGUGCAGAACUACAGGGCUGGUGUGGUGGUUCCAGGGCUCACUGAAGACCAGCUAUGGAGGGCCAAAUACGUGUAUGACUCUGCCUUCCACCCAGACACCGGGGAGAAGGUGGUCCUGAUUGGCCGCAUGUCAGCCCAGGUGCCCAUGAACAUGAUGAUCACUGGCUGCAUGCUCACCUUCUACAGGCAGACCCCAACAGUAGUGUUCUGGCAGUGGGUGAACCAGUCCUUCAAUGCCAUCGUCAACUACUCCAACCGCAGUGGUGACGCUCCCAUCACAGUCGGGCAGUUGGGAACAGCUUAUGUGAGCGCCACUACCGGAGCUGUGGCCACAGCGCUGGGUCUAAAAUCUCUCACCAAGCACCUGCCCACUCUGGUUGGCAGAUUUGUCCCCUUUGCAGCAGUGGCAGCUGCCAACUGCAUUAACAUCCCCCUGAUGAGGCAGAGGGAGCUGCAAGUGGGCAUCCCAGUGACCGAUGAGGCAGGUCAGAGACUUGGCCACUCAGUGACCGCAGCCAAACAGGGAAUCUUCCAGGUGGUGAUAUCGAGAAUCGGCAUGGCCAUUCCUGCCAUGGCCAUUCCCCCUGUGAUCAUGAAUAGUCUGGAGAAAAAAGACUUUCUGAAGCGCCGUCCUUGGCUGGGGGCACCACUGCAGGUGGGAUUGGUGGGCUUCUGCCUUGUAUUCGCUACCCCCUUGUGCUGUGCCCUGUUCCCCCAGAGGAGCUCCCUCCAUGUGAGCAGGCUGGAGCCGGACCUCAGAGCUCAGAUCCAUGAGCAAAAUCCUAGCAUCGAAGUGGUUUACUACAACAAGGGCCUUUGA